CGUGCGACACCGUGGUGGCAACAUAAGCACCCCCUAGCUGCUGAACCCGAUGAUGCAGCGUGUUGUGCUUCUGCUGUUACAAGUUGUUCCUUCUGCUGGCCUGCUCGUCUCGUGGACGGCAUCAAGGUCUCGCUUGUCACAAAAGGUGCAGCGAUCAUGUACCAGCGUUGAUUCUCACACGCCUGGAGGAGGGCUAAGCGGCGACGAGCCUCGAGAUGCGAUGGUAAGCGAGCUGCUGCAGCUCUUUCAGGGGGAAUUCGACAACUAUGACCAGGUAGUCGCAGACCGCAAGGCCGGCAUGACGCCUGGGCCUGGGGGAGGCCACGAGCACAUCCACUGCAGCUUGAAACAACUCGACCCCGCCGAAGUUCCUGGGCAAGUCGCCGCGGCAGCGGCGGCACCCCCCGGUAGUAGGAGCUCCAGCGGCGAGGAGGAGGAAGAGGAGGAGGGAGCGGGGCAGGGGUCGCAGCAGCAGCAGCCAGAACGGCCCCUGGCGGUGGUGGCGGCGAAGUACUACUUCAACGGCGACUCGAACGUGGUGUUCCGGUAUCGCCUGUACAGCUUCCAUGCGUGUCCGCCGAAUACGCCCGGAGCGAGAGGAGAAGCGGUCAUGCGUCUCUGGAGGCUACUCCCCCACGUGGAAGCCCGCCUCAGGGCCAACAGCUACGACCUCACCUCGUUCUCUUGGUCCGACGACGAUAGCAAUCAGAGGGAGCCCAGCCGAGGGAGUGACAACGCCAGCAACGACCGGUGCUCUAAAGAGGGCCGAACCGGCAACGACGUUGUGGAGCGCAUGUUUGGGUGCGAGAUCUACUGGGGCAGACAUCAGGCGGGGGGCGAGGACGAGAAAUCUAUGCCUGGGGGGAUUUCAGGGCCGGGGAAACAGGACGCCAACGGGGGUGCAGUUCCCGAGCGAGGGGCGGGCGAAGACGCAGCGGGGGGCGGGGGGAAGUCCUUCGUGGGGCUGAUGGGGAAGGACGACAGCGGGACGUGGGUCGAGUCGCAGAACGUCGACGGCCUCGAGAUCCUCGUCAAGGACGACCUCAGGCUGUGGCCGGACAGCCUGUGGGUCAACGACCGCGGCUUCGACCGCGACGGGAACUUCGUCUACGGGAACCAGCGCGACGUGCCCUACAAGAUGAGGAGGGUCACCGCCGGGGGACCCCUGGAGUGGACCCUGGGGGCGCGGCAUCGGACCGAGAAAACGUACGCCGAAAAAAUGUCCGCCAUCGGGGUGACCCUGGGGCAGCGGCUUCGACCCCCGGUUCGCGUCGCCGCGCCGGCCGGCACUGGCGGUACCGGCGGCGGCAAACACGCGUAAGUAUGUUCUUCACUGGCAGACCACCGGUGCUGGACACACACAGCUUCUCCGUGGGAUACUUUUUUGCGCAGAGUCGCUUUGAAUGCGGCACCUUCUGGAGCGAAAUGUCGUCUUUUUGAGCACGUUUCAAGGAGCAGUUUCGUGUUGGCGAACGAAAAUAAAGGCCUCUUCGUCCAGGCAUGUCUGAUGAGUUGUAAUGUAACUAUAACCACACUUUUGUUUUGUUUCUGCCAUGGUGUUGAGCGGUGUCGUGCCGAACAGAAAAUGUUGGUGACAAGGAAAUCGAUGUUUCCGGCGCGUGGCGACUUUCAAGGAAGGAAUCAAGCGCAGUCCUUCGACCGCACUAGUUUCAUCUGGCGUCUCAGCAACCUGCUGCCGUUUCUCCAAAUAAAUGGGAAGACUCGACAAGCUGCAGCACGCAAACGCCGGCCCAGAUUUUCUCAAAAAAUUAAAAAAUACAAGAACUCGGCCUAAAACAUGUGGAGCGGUCUGUGAAGCUUGUCGAAGUUUCUGGAAAAGCCCUUUAAGGUGGACUACUGUUGGAUUAUAUGAGAAACAGAGAGACUACAACGGAACGCGCUUCUCGAAAAAAUCACAGCCCGUGCAUUCGCAACACUUCUACGCUUGGCCACUAGCAAAGCAGCAAGCGCGAGUUGCUACACGGCCACCAUGCGCGUAACGGCGGUCGCUGCACAUGAAAAAACAAAUCGAAUGACUCAUCAAAUAAUGUCAACGCUCAUAACAGUAGUCUAAGCAUGUGCGGUACUAUUGGCGACAUAAAACCCUCUAGUCCCGCGGUGUUGACCGCAUCCACCGACCCAACCGCCGAAGGAGUAGUAACGCCACCAUCACAAAAGGCUGAGAGGCCAUGCGCCUGCUCGCCGCUGCACAAAAAAGAGGCAUCGCCGAAAAGAAGUGCCGGAGCCGCCACCAAGCCCCCUCCCCCCCCCCCCCCCCC